AAAAGAGAGAGAGUUUGUUAAUUUAUUAGAUUAUCUAAAUUAAAAUAGUGAUGAUGUUUACAAUUGGUGAAAUUGCAUCACACCCGUUUUUAUGAUAGGCGUUAUGAUACCCAUUUGAUAGAGUGCGGGAAUGAUAUUUUCCAGCUUCUGCGCCAGAUGUACCGACCAAUGAAAGCGCGAGCGUUCGAAUGAGGAGGCGGAGGUUGGAGUUUCAUGGAUGCUUGUUAUGUCUGUCAAACCACUAGCGAUUAGAAAAAUAUAGAUUUUCAUAUAAAAAAUAACCAUUCGCAAAUGCAAUAUGGAUACUGCGGUUGUUGUCGUAUGGCUUUCUAUGGUUUUCAUUGUGCAUGUAUCUGGUUUCACACACAAUGAUGUGAUUGGGAGAAACAUCCAUGUACAGCCUAAUCUGGGUUUGAAGCAGAGAACUGCCAUACAAGACGUGGUUACCAUCCUGUCGAGGUCGCACGCCGACCGGAACGUCUACCCGUCUGCAGGCGUGCUGUUUGUCCAUGUCCUGGAGAGAGAACACUUCAAAGGAGAGUUUCCCCCCUAUCCCAAACCUGGGGAUUCCAGCAACGACCCCAUCACCUUCAACACCAACCUGAUGGGCUACCCAGACCGGCCGGGCUGGCUGCGGUACAUCCAGAGAACCUCACACAGCGAUGGGGUGCUCUACGGAUCCCCCACUGCCGAACACGUGGGCAAGGCCACCAUCAUAGAGAUUACUGCCUAUAACAGACGCACUUUCGAAACGGCCCGGCACAACUUGGUCAUAAACAUCAUGUCCACGGAAGACUACCCACUGCCAUACCAGGCAGAGUUCUUCAUAAAGAACAUGAAUGUGGAGGAGAUGUUGGCCAGCGAGGUUCUGGGAGACUUCCUUGGCGCAGUGAAGAACGUGUGGCAGCCCGAACGCCUCAACGCCAUCAACAUCACCUCAGCGCUGGACAGGGGCGGACGUGUUCCCCUGCCCAUAAACAACCUCAAAGAGGGUGUGUAUGUGAUGGUGGGGGCAGACGUGCAGUUCUCUUCCUGCCUGAGGGAGGUGGAAAACCCCCACAACCAGCUGCGCUGCAGCCAGGAGAUGGAGCCUGUCAUCAGCUGUGACAAGAAGUUCAGGGCCCAGUUCGACAUUGACUGGUGCAAGAUCAACCUGGUGGACAUCACCAAGGUGGUCACGAUCCACAGUAACCGUCCGGACCCAGGUACAGGGGUUCUGCCUGACAUCGGGGAGUACAACCCCCCAUCAGAGUCUCUGAAGAGCAGGGACUUCUUUGCCGACUUCCUCAUCACGUUGGCAGUGCCCUCGGCCGUGGCCAUGGUCCUCUUCACCAUCCUGGGUUACUCCAUGUGCUGCCGGCGGGAAGGGGUGGAUAAAAGAAACAUGCAAACACCAGAUAUCCAGUUAGUACAUCACAGCUCCAUCCAGAAGUCGACCAAGGAGCUGCGGAGCAUGUCUAAGAACAGGGAGAUCUCCUGGCCCCUCUCCACCCUGCCUGUCUUCAGCCAAAGUGGGGAGGUGGUGCCCCCCAUACACCCAGACAACUACGAGACAACAAGCAUGCCGCUGAUGCAGACACAGACAAACCUGCAGAACCAGAUUCAGAUACCACAGCAACAGCCAUCAGGAGAUAGAGAUAAUUAUUGUAUGUCAACAUUUCGGAGACUGGAGGUAAAUGGUAUUCCUGAGGAGAGGAAAGUGGCUGAAGCACUGAACUUGUGACAAGAGAGAAGCCCAAGAGACAGUGGUGGAGCUGCUUUCUGUCUGUCCGUGUCCCUUUAAGUCAAGUGUUUUUCUAUGUCUACAUCCUAAAUAGAGUACCACAGUAUGAGUCAUAAUAGACAUCAAACCUAGCGGUCAAAUAGGGAAACGGUUCCAAUCGUUUUUCCACCAUUCAUUUUUCCCAUAGGGGAUUUUAAAAACACUUAUAAGGGCUGUGUUUUAUGUAGGCUUACCCUGGUGUGACGUGUUGAUAACCGUGUAAAUCUCUCUAGGACAAGGUGACUUUUAUCCAUAAAUUUGCUUGGAUUUACCCCCCAAUGAAAUGCUAAUUAGCUGCUAAUUGUGUCAUAAAUGUCAUGAUGAUCUGGAAGAGAAUGCCGAAUCGAGGCAAAGGUAAGAAUCUCUGGAUUAACAAUCUAAUGUUAGCUAAAUGUAGUAAUGAAUAAAUUGGCAAAAUGUCUUUAAAUAGACAAUUCUGUGAACUGUCUUGUGGAAGUUUUACAUUAAAACAAUACCUGUUAGCAAAGGUGUCGGCGAGAGAUGACAUGCAGGAGCUUGCAGGGAUUUGUAGUUUUGAAUUAUGUCUACUUUGACCCAAAUGAGCAUUUUCGAAUCUGAGAGUAGAGCCAAAUAUAUUGAUAAAAGUCACCUUAUCCUAGAGAGAUUUAAAUGGUUUAAAGGGAAAGCCUACAUGAAACAGUCCUUAUUUAAAGUGUUUUGAAAAUCCCAUAUGGGAAAAAUGAAUGGUAGCAAAAGGAUUGGAACCAUCACCCCGUUUGACCGUUAGGUUUUAUGGGUAUUAUGACACUUCCAUUGUGGGGCUCUAUACCCAAUUUCCUGCACAACUUCUGACCAGGGCCCAGAGACACUAUGUCUGUCCCAAUCUGCAUGCCCCAGCAGUGCGUUCAUACGCGACGCUAGUGUCCGUCAGUGUGCCCUUAUGUAUGUGAGCGAGUGGUGCAAAGUACAGUAAACUCAUGAGAAGUGCACUUAGUAUGAGAGCAAGCUGAUUAAGUGCAGUCCCAAUUCAAUUACACUCAUAACUGUGUGCUCUUAUUUAAUGCACACGGUCACCACAAUCCUAAACAGCUGCAUUUAUCAGUAGUCGACUGUGUGCGUGUAUACCAGCCUGAUCAUGAAUAACAAAUGCUACAUUCAUAGGAUAUUUUGAAAUAUUUUGUGCAUAUGUUCUAGAAAUUAUAUGAUGCCAUUAGCAUUAUCAUGUUAGUAUUUUACUUUCCAUGCACAAUGCUCAUCUUUAGAGGGAAACGGAGAUGGACAGAGACGCUCGUCAAGUCCAAUCAAAUAAAAAUGUAAAUGCUCAUUUUCUGUCACAGUAAAACAGUAAAAAUACAUUUGGUUUAA